GGCUGGAAGCAGACCUCGACAGGCAGCUCCACGGGCAGCACUUGGCCAAAGCAGUUGUCGUCCAGGCGGUGCGAGGGUUCCUGCAGAGCCCGCAGCCGGGGAAGACUCUGGUCCUCUCCUUCCACGGCUGGUCUGGCACCGGCAAGAACUUUGUGGCCCGGCUGGUGGCCAGUCACCUGUACCGGGAUGGGCUGAAGAGCGAGUGUGUCCGGGUGUUCAUCUCGCUCUUCCACUUCCCCCAUCACACCUACGUGGACUCGUACAAGGCUCAGCUGCAGAAGCAGAUCUCCGAGACCAUGCAGCUCUGCAAGCAGCCCCUGUUCAUCUUUGAUGAGGCAGAGAAACUUCAUUUUGGCCUCCUGGACACCAUCAAGCCCUUCAUGGCUCCCUGUGACACCCAGUGCCAGGUGGAUCACCGGAGAUCCAUCUUCCUCUUCCUCAGCAAUCUUGGCGGCAACGCCAUCAAUGAGGUGGCCCUGGAUUUCUGGCGAGCUGGCCGGAUGCGGGAGGAGAUCUCCAUGGAGUUCCUGGAGCGGCAAGUUUGUUUUGUUUUGCUUUUUGCUACAGAGAACAGUUACGCCCGCAGCAACCUCCUUAAAGAGAACCUCAUUGAUUUCUUUGUGCCGUUCCUGCCCCUGGAGUUCCACCACGUGACGCUCUGUGCACGGGAUGCUUUCCUGGCCCGGGGACUUACCUACACGGAGGCAGCGCUCGACGAGGUGGCCAGGAUGAUGGUGUUUGUCCCCAAGGAGGAGAAGCUUUUCUCUGCACAGGGCUGUAAAUCUGUAUCCCAGCGCAUCAAUUACUUCCUUCCCUGA